GUAAAUCUUUUUCGGAUGUCAACUAAAGCAGGCACACUGCUCAAAAAUCUUAUUCUUGAAUCCUUUCCAAACUCAAAGCAAGUGAGGUUACUUAAAUUCUGCGAAACACGUUGGGUGGAGCAUUUAGAAUCUAUUUCUUUAUUUAACGAUUUAUUCCCAUUGAUCUGUACUGCGUUGGAAGAGCUUGAUAUUGAAAAUUUAAGAAGUGAUUUAUCAAAGCCACAUGCUUUGUUGACUGCAAUCCAAUCACCUCAAUUUGUGAUUGCUAUGGCGAUACUAAAGCCAAUUUUUGCAUUAUCAAAACACAUAAGCCUAUGUUUGCAGCAAAUAGAUUGUGAUUUGAGCAGCUGCGUUGCUUAUGCAAAUAAUUUGUAUGCUGAAAUUAGUGAAAUGCGUAAGGAUUCUGAACAAUCGUUUAAACUAAUUUUUGAAUCAGUUAAAACAAUAGCCGCAGAAUUAGAUUUAGAAAUCAAAAUUCCGCGUUUGGCGAAACGGCAAACUAAUCGCGACAAUUAUGAAGGCGAACCGGAAGAAUAUUACCGCAGAUCAAUUUACAUACCGUUUUUAGAUCAUUUUUUGGACCAAAUCAAUGAACGAUUUUUAAAACAUCGAGAGCUGCUUUCCAAAAUUGAAAACAUUUUGCCAAAUAAAUGCGUAAAUCUGGACGUUAUUGAGAUGCAGGAGACUGUUCGUGUUUUAGAAAAGCAAUGGUCCGCUGAUGUAGAAGAUCCCGAUGAUUUCGUUGCUGAAUUUAGAAUGUGGAAAAGGAACUGGUUAAAUCAAUCAAAGAGAUCCAAAACAUUUUUAGAAUUUCAGUUGCUACAUUGUUUCGGUUAUUACGAGUUGUGUGUGAAGCUAACAUAA